AUGGCUUCUGUGGAUUAUGGCUUAGGCGAAGAAUUCCAGCCCAAGCAUGUCGAUCGCCGAUCGCUCUAUGUCAACCUGGAGGAGCCGGAUGUACAGGCGCUUCGAGACGGAGCCAAGUAUUUGAAACAGCUCAUUCCGACGGUGACCACACUGGUCUACAAGAAGCUCUUACAGUGGGAUAUCACCUCCCGAGCAUUCCACACCCACACGACGGCCAACGAGGACGAGCUUGAAGAAGACUUCUUGACGGAGGACACCCCUCAGAUCAGGCGUCGGAAGAUGUUUCUGCGCUGGUAUCUCACCCGACUGUGUCAGGAUCCAGCCGGCAUGGACUUCUGGAAGUACCUAGCCAGAGUCGGUCGAAUGCACAGCGGACAAGAGCGCCUACACCCUCUCAACGUCGAGUACAUCCACCUCAGCGCCUGUCUCGGGUACAUCUGCGAUAUGUUCAUCGAAGCCGUGUUCAGCCACCCCCAGCUCUCCCUCAGGAAAAAGAUAGCCCUGAUGCGCGCCCUGAACAAAGUCAUCUGGAUCCAGAACGACCUCUUCGCCAAGUGGCGCUGCCGCGACGGCGAGGAGUUCGACGACGAGAUGUCCAUUUCCAGCUUCGGCUCCAAGGACAUCUAUGCCGGUCUCGAAACCCUGGUCAAUAGCCCAAUCGAGGACGACCGGGCCAGUAUCGCCAGUAGCGUGGCUCCAUCCAUGCGGAGUGCCGCGCCCUCGACGCAUACAGCGCAGCCGCCGCAUACGACCCACACGAAGCACACGACGUACACAGCUCCACCGCAGAAUUUGGUGUGUCCGUUUGCUUCGAUGACGACGGGUUCCUCGACCGAGACUAAGAUCUGGGCCGAUUGA